CCAAUGAUGCAGCUCAAAACUUGAUCAAACUUUCUCUUCUUCGGUGCAGCAUUACUAGUAGUCUCAGCAUUACUAGUAUCUACGCACAAUCACCCACUUGUUCCAUCCAAGAUGAUGCAAACCAAACAUGAGAUUAAGAGUGCUGCUGCUGCUGAUCAUGAAGAAGCAAUACUAUCAAUUUCCUGAUGAACUACAAACCCCAAAACAUCCCGAGCAUUCGCUUACACCAAUGACAGUAUUGGCUGUUGCUGGCUACUUUAGGUGUCAUGCCUGUCUAAAGGAGGGAGAUUGUCUCUACUAUGAAUGCAAAUCCUGUAAAUUCUACAUCAGAGUGCGUGAGUGCGAGCUUGACAUCAGCUGUUUUGCGCAAUUCUCAUAAGCAUCUCUUAACUCUGGUUGAAAACACAAAUCGGAUAACGUGCAAUGCCUGUGGCUUUGCAAGAGGUAGUUUUGGAUUUGGUUGUGAAGAUUGCCAUUUUUAUUUGGACUGCGAGUGUGCCCUGAUGCCGCCUACAACCAAACAGAAAUGGGACGAGCAUAUGCUCGUGUUAACUUAUCCUCCUUUUGUUGAGCAUCCAGAUGAAUUUUGCUGUGGGAUCCGUGACCUCCAAAUGAAUCCCAAUGAAUGGAUGUACCACUGUCACGAAUACGACGAAUCGUUUCAUCCUUGGUGCAUUCCCCAGAUUCAUCAAAAUACCAAGUUUGGGCGUGCCUUGUAUGUAGAUGAGCACUCUCAUCCUCUCACCCAUAUUCCUGAGGCAUAUGACGAUGCAAUCUGCUAUGGCUGUGAUAAUAGUUUUGAUGGUGGGGAAGAGGCUUUUCAGUGCACAGAGUGCAGCUAUUGUCUUUGUGCAGAUUGUGCUUGCAAAAGGGAAGUUCUAAAUCCUUAAGUACUUACUUGAAACUACAUAGAACACUGUCUAAUUGAGGUUUAUAUGCAAUAUGACGCAAAGAUUUUUUGGUCCAAUACUGAUUUAUGUUUCUCUUUGGGGAAACUUGAUUCAUUUUGGG